GUUUGUUUUGGUUGAUUUGGUUGGUGACAUUUCUCUCUUGCUCACUAUUUUCCCAACUAACCGGGAAGGUAAGGGUUCUUCUUCCCCAUGAAUUUUCCCUCCUCCAAUUCUUGACUCUCCCUUCCAUUCCAAUCAAACCCAUCAAUCCACUAAAAAAAACACACCCAAUUCAAUUCGAUUCAAUUUAAUUCAAUGGAUAAUCCCACAGAAGAAACCCAUCUCAAAUCCAAAAACUCCAUAACCUACGACUCCCCACACCCAAUUUACGCCAUGGCUUUCUCCUCCGCCACCGACCACCGCCGCAUGGCGGUGGGCAGCUUCAUCGAAGAGUACAACAACAGAGUAGACAUCCUCUCAUUCAACACAGACACCCUUUCUUUUACUCCUCAUCCGCCGCUUUCAUUUAACCACCCGUACCCACCAACUAAGCUCAUGUUCAACCCGUCUUCUCUUCACAAACCCGACUUACUAGCUUCCUCCGGCGACUAUCUCCGCCUCUGGGAGGUCAAUGGUAACGCUACUGAACCCGUCUCGGUUUUAAAUAAUAGUAAAAGUAGUGAAUUUUGUGCUCCUUUAACUUCAUUUGAUUGGAAUGAGAUUGAACCUAAGAGAAUUGGAACUUGUAGCAUUGAUACGACGUGUACUAUUUGGGAUAUCGAAAAGGGUUGUGUCGAAACGCAGUUGAUCGCGCACGAUAAAGAGGUUUACGACAUUGCUUGGGGUGAAGCUAGAGUCUUUGCUUCUGUUUCUGCUGAUGGGUCUGUUAGGAUUUUUGAUUUGAGAGAUAAGGAGCACUCUACGAUUAUUUAUGAGAGUCCGCAGCCUGAUACGCCUUUGCUUAGGUUAGCUUGGAAUAAGCAGGAUUUGAGGUAUAUGGCUACUAUUUUGAUGGAGAGUAAUAAAGUUGUGAUCUUGGAUAUUCGGUCUCCUACUAUGCCCGUUGCGGAGUUGGAGAGGCAUAAGGCUAGUGUUAACGCGAUUGCGUGGGCUCCUCAGAGCUGUAGACAUAUUUGCUCUGUUGGGGAUGAUGCUCAGGCUCUUAUUUGGGAUUUGCCUAGUGUUGCUGGUCCUAAUGGGAUUGAUCCCAUGUCUAUGUAUUCUGCUGGUUCUGAAAUUAAUCAGCUUCAAUGGUCUGCAGCUCAGCCUGAUUGGAUUGCUAUUGCGUUUUCUAAUCGAAUGCAGCUUUUGAAAGUUUGAGAUGUUUAUCUGUAGCGUGUUAGCUUUUUAUGUGAAAUUGUAUUAUUGACACUCAAGUAUCUUAAAUUAGAUUUUGGCUUUCUA